UCGGAGCAAGCCAAGGCCCGCCCCCCCGAUAGUCACUGCCUGGUCUGUCCUUGCGCGGUGUUCGAUAAGAACGAAGAGAGGUCGAGAGUAGACAUCGGUAAGAGAAGACCGCGGGAAAGAAGCCGCAGGUCAGCGCGGGACCAUGUCGGGUCUUGCGGUCUCCGCCGGUGGCAGAGUUGUUAGAGGUUUGGACAAAAAAUGUUUUUCUGUUUUGCAAGUGACUAACCGGCAGUGGAUGAUGAACAGAACGUUAUGCAAUAAAGCCCACCAUGAGGACAGCACACAGAAGCCAAAACAAGAGGCUUCAGGAUCCUUGUUCAGAGUCCCAGGAUACAAGCCCACUGACUGGGAUAAGAAGAUCUUGCUAUGGACGGGCCGUUUCAAGAAAGUAGAAGACAUACCAGAAACUAUGUCGUUUGAGACGAUCGACGCAGCAAGGAACAAGAUGCGUGUGAAGAUCAGCUAUGGAAUGAUCGCUCUGACAAUCCUGGGCUGUGUAAUCAUGGUUAUUUCAGGAAAACAGGCUGUUAAAAGGCAUGAAUCCCUCACAAGUCAGAACUUGGAGAAAAAAGCGCGCUGGAGAGAGGAGGCUGCUCAGAGUGCCUCUGCUAAGCCCUAAUCCAGAGGAAGAAGAUCUGUCACCUUUGAAUUGGGAAGGAGGAUCAGCUGGAGGGAUGUAUUUUCAUUAGCCAAUUCCACUUUUGAGAAGGAACAAAUGAAAUUAUUUUGUAGUGAUGCUCCUACUAUGAAAUGCCUGUUAAUAGCUUUUAAAGAAGACUAUGAGAUUGUCACGCAUUAAAUCCAGUGUUCUUCA